GUCAUUCGACGAUGUUGUUCAGACUUGAAUAACUGACUUUUUGUUUCGGGUACUCCCAAUUGUCCGAAGUGGGUGUUUGGCAGCGUGAUUUUCAGUUCAACAAAUAACAUUUUUAUCAGUUUGAAUUCUUUUUUAUCUUCAAUUCCAUGGAUUGUGAUACAGUGAAUAGCUCAUAAUUUUCUUCAAAUAAAGUGCAAUUUAAAUCAAUUUCAACAGUUUUCUUUUGGAAUUUAAUUCAAAACUGUUUCAAUCUUGAUUUGAACUAAAAAUAAUCAUUUUGAACUAGAAAAUUCCGUUUUGAAUUUAAAAAAAUUCGAAAAACUUAAAGAAAAACCGAGAAAAAAUCGUUCAAAAUACAAAAAGUUAUAAAAAAACUGGAAAAAAUCCAAAAAACUAAUGAAAAAUACCUAAAAAGAACAUAAAGAAGCUAAAAAAAAUUCAUAAAAGAAACUAGAUUUGUGCAGACCGUUGAAAAAAUGAACAAAUUCAAAAUCAGUGCGAUACAGAGAAUGGAUUAACCUUCUAAAGAGGAGUCAGCUCAAUUAAAAGACUGCAUAAACAUUCAAUUAAACACAAAAUUUGAUAGUGAUUUAUUUGCUUCUCACUAGUGAUUUGCUUACAUAUUUUGCUUGAAACUUUCACUUUCUGUCGAAAUCAUCUGAUUUAGUUCAACGAUGAAGAUAGUUUUUGUUUUGUUCAUUUUCUUGAUUCUGCGUGCGAAGGCUUGGUCAUCAGUACGUGUACCGUUUGAAUAUCUUGAACGACAGAAUCCUGUUCAUGUUAUAUCGGAAUGUGUCCAUGUUGCGUCUGAGGAAGGUGAUUACUCGUACAAAAAGGUGCUAGGUGUAGAAGAACCAUCGGCAAUCGCUUGCGGAUUGUAUAUUUUAACCGACCCAGAUAAAGUUGUUGAAAUCUCUAUCAAGUACUUGGAUGCUAAUUGUGAAACUGGAGCUCUGUUGGCGUUCUUCGAUGGCUGGGAAUUGAAUGGAAAGUAUUUCCCAAAUGAAGUAGACCAUCAUUUGCCAAUAGAUCAACGAGUCCAUGAAUUUUGCAAUAAUAACGCUGAAUGGCCAUUCCGGCAGCUACGCAAACGGUUCCGAUCUAGUCAAAAUGCAGCAUUACUACAAUACCGCAUACCUGUUCACGGCUCAUUUGUGGCAACAGUAAAGUUCUUCGAAAAUCCAGCACCCUGCAAUAUUCUAGUUGAGGGAACCGCCCCAUUUUACUCGUUAUCAAACUAUGGUGCGAAAAGAAACUGCACCCUAUCUGCAAUGAGUCCGUCCGUAGUGACGCUUAGAGCUAUCAAUGUUGGACCUGGACAUGAUGCUGCUAAUUAUGAUUGUGAAAGUACAACGGAUCAUCUGGCUAUUGGUGGCUCCAAAGACUUGGACACAGUUAACAUGCAACUUUCAACGAUGGUAUGUGGUCAUACCGAAGUGAUUGGACCUGAACAAGCAAUCUUUUGCGAUGUUACUUCGGUUCGUCUCGUUUCAUAUGGCGAUCACAACAACCAAGUCCUACUUUCCAUUCGAAAUGUGGAUGAAAAUGACAUCAAUAUUGCUACAUUGAUAUGUCCACUGUAAACAAGCAACAUUACACACACAUCUGAGUGAUGUAAAAAUACUAGAGUUUUCUACGUAUAUUUAGUUCUUAAUUUAUUGUUUACUAUGCAAAAUUAGUUGUAUUUAAGCAUAUUUUUCGUUAACAAUAGCUGUGUUUAACCCAUUAACUACCGAGUAUUUGAAAAAUCGAAUAUUUUUUGUAUGGAAUAAUCAGAUGCUCGGUAAAAACAAAUAGGCUGAACAGAAAAGAAAUAUUUUUGUACUUAUCCCACACCUGCAAAAGUGUGUUGGGAAAAGUAUUCAUCUUGUUUCAGGAGUAAAAUCCUCUCGUUACAGAAUAUUACACCUUCAAUCAUCAUAAAUUACAUUUACCGCAUCGCAUCUUUUUGUAUUGUAUAUUUGAUAGAGUCCCAAUUUGAGACAAACAAACCAUAUGUUCCAUUAUUUUUAUGCUAAUUUAUUGCUAGUUUUUAACAAAAUAUUUAUUAAAUAAUUUAAAAUUCAAAUUGGAAAUAAAUGCGAAAAAUAAUUUGUUUGAUUUUUUGCUGUUAUUUUUCCAAAAGAAAUCCAAAAAUGCACAAAGGGAUGAACACAAUGGAAAAGUUUCCGGAAGUUAGACUAUAUAUUUUUCUUGUAUACGACACAAGGCAGAGUUUUGUAUAAAUCAAGGCUUAAAACAAUUCAAAGAGGGCUUUAAUGGAAAUCAGUUUUGUUGAAUGAUUCAAGACUCAUUUUGAAAGAGAAAUUGAAACUUCGGAAAUAAAUUUGCUUUGAAACGAUUUUAGCGCCUUGAUUUAGACUAUAUUCUUACGUUGCAUUGAUUGAGUUUGCGUUUUCAUAGAAUUGGUGAAUUGAUUUAGAGUAAACAAAAGUGUAUAAUUUUGGGAAACUUUGAUUUAAUACGGUGAAUGAAUUCAAUUUAAUGGAUGAAUGCUAUUCAUUUUAAUAAAUAUUGACCGCAAAUUCUCAGUUUCAUUGCCAUUAAAAGUUUCUUCGAAUAAGUGGUUAAUGAAAAAAAGUGAUGUAAAAAUGGUUACAACUCAUUUCUUCGGGUGUGGUUAAACCGAGUUCUUGUCAAGAACUUCUUGAAUUAAACGAUAGCACUUCUCAUCUUGCGCUUACCAGCGCUUACCAGCGCUUACCAUCUUGUAAUAUCAAAAAUAUUGCAUAAAAGAGAUAUCUUCCAUAUGAAAAUAUUUGUUAUUCUCUUACCAAGAACAACCCGAGACUGAAAAUAUUCAUGAAACUUGAAUCUCAAUUAGAAAAUGAAUCAAUUUUUAUAGCCCAACAUUUAUUAUUUAUUUAUUCGAAAUUUCGGUCAACCAAAAGAGUAUUGUGGGUGUUCGAGAUGGCUAGUAACUAGAAUACAUUGGAAAGAUGCUAUGGUACAUCACAAACAAUUUUUUGGGCAACUUCAAUUGUUUUGAUGAAAUUUCAAAUUCUCAAUUUGCUCAAAUCCAAUAAUUUAUCAACCAUAUAAAUGUAUUCAUUCAUACCCGGGUUGAAACGGGUAACGAACUCUGAACUCGUUUUGAUUUUAUUCUAUCUAAAGGUACAUCCAUCAAGACUUGUCAAUGUCAAGUUGACAUCUAUUCUUUGGUAUCAUAAACAAUGUUUAUUAAACAUUUGCCAUAUUUUAUCAUUCCUCUUUGGUUUAGUUUUCGGCAUAAACGUUAAAUCUAUGUGUUAAAAAUGUACAUGCAAUUUGUAUGAUGCAAAUAAACCGUUGAGCAAAUAAAAUGUCCGUAAAAUUUUAAAA